AUCACAGGGCUGUUAGGCCCAGAAGAGUGAAGCAACAUGAGCACAGCCAUUGCCACGCUCACCGGCCACAAGGACCGAGUGUGGAAUGUGGCGUGGAACCCCAAGGGGACCAUCCUCACCUCGUGUGGCUCAGACCACUCCAUACGGCUGUGGAGCAAGGAGGGGGACGCCUGGGUGUGCAAGACUGUGCUGUCCGAGGCGCACACACGCACGGUGCGCAGCGUUGCCUGGUCACCCUCAGGCAGCACCUUGGCCUCGGCCAGCUUUGAUGCAACAGUCAACAUCUGGGACUGCAGGGAAGAGAACAUUGAGUGUGUGGCCACCCUGGAGGGCCAUGAGAACGAGGUGAAAAGUGUGGCCUGGGCUGCAUCGGGUGCCCUGCUGGCCACAUGCUCCAGGGACAAGUCAGUGUGGGUGUGGGAGGUGGCGGAGGAUGACGAGUAUGAGUGUGUGUCCUGCUUGCCCUCUCACAGCCAGGAUGUGAAGAAGGUGGUGUUCCAUCCCACAGCAGACAUCCUUGCCUCUGCUUCCUAUGACAACACUGUCAAGCUGUACCGUGAGGAGUGUGACGACUGGAGUGUCUUCUGUACCCUCAGCGGCCAUGAGUCCACCGUCUGGAGCAUUUCCUUCGACUCCUCCGGCCACCGCCUCGCCUCCGUCUCCGAUGACCGAACUGUCAAGGUAUGGCAGGAGUACCUGCCAGGGAACAAGGAGGGAGUUGCCACACCCGAGGGAGCCCCGGUGUGGAAGUGUGUGUGUACGUUGUCUGGCUUCCACCAGCGAGCCAUCUACGAUGUCUCCUGGUGCAGCCUGACGGGGGCCAUCGCCACCUCCUGUGGGGAUGACUGCAUUAGGAUCUUCAAGGAGCAGCCAAACAGUGAUCCCAAUGCUCCUGUCUUUGACCUGCUGCUCACCAUCCAACAGGCACAUGCUGAGGAUGUCAACAGUGUCACCUGGAAUCCCACUGUGGUGGGACUGUUGGCCUCAGCCAGCGAUGAUGGCACCAUCAAGCUGUGGGACUUCUCACACAUAUUCUGAGUCCAUUAAUAACAGUAACUUGGGAUUCACUUCUCUUUUUAUAGUGUUUAGUUUUAUUUUUGGUGUGGCAGGUGCAAUUUGUAUGUGUGUGUGUGUUGGGCAUAACAAUGUUGAAAAGAGCAAGGACAAGAGUCAUUCCUCAGACUGUGAAGCAUCAGACUUACCUAACUUAUUCGUAUGCUAAUCAAGUUAUGUUGGGGAUCUUGGACCAAAAGUUUCAGUGUACAAAUAUGCAUAACCAUCUGAUCAAGUAAUCACAUCCCAGCUUUACUGACUUGUUAUACUGUUACUGUUUUUUUUUUUUUUUUUUCUUCCCAAGACUACAUAUGGGAAAUAGUACCCCCCCCCCUCUCUCUCUCUCUCUCUCUCUCUCUCUCUCUCUCUCUCUCUCUCUCUCUCUCUCUCUCUCUCUCUCUCUCUCUCUCUCUCUCUCUCUCUCUCUCUCUCUCUCUCUCUCUCUCUCUCUCUCUCUCUCUCUCUCUCUCUCUCUCUCUCUCUCUCUCUCUCUCUCUCUCACACACACACACACACACACACACACACACACACACACACACACACACACACACACACACAGAUAUAUAUUGUAUUUAUCAUUUGUUGGGCCUCUUUUAGUCUGGUAUCUCUGUCCACCAGUGAUGGUCAUGUGUCUUCAAACAGGUGAACAGAUUGAGUACAUAACAAUGCUGUGAAUAGUGGAUAGUGCAGGUCUUGACUCCAGGAGCAAUAUCCUAAAGCAGGUGUAUGAAAGAAGCAGCUACAGAGACUGAGAGCACCAGGCUGAUGUUGAACUGACUGAAAUCUCACCUAAGGUUCAUACUUCUUACUGAGCCUGAAAUUUUGAAAUCUAUUGUUGAUUUAUAAUUCACUUAGGUGCUGAGAAUUUAGAAGUCUUUACCUGAAUUAAGCCAUUUGAGUUCUUAAUUUAUUUAAGAACAGAACCAAGUGCUGUGAGCUUUUAAGAAUUUUAGAAAUAUAUGUAAACAGAACAGAGGCCGGCUCAUGGCAGCUUUGUUGUGUGUCCUGGCUUGUGCACCUGGGACGAAGCUGGGAAUAAUAAUAAUAAUUAUUAUUAUUAUUAUUAUUAUUAUUAUUAUUAUUAUUAUUAUUAUUAUUAUUAUUAUUAUUAUUAUUAUUAUAUCAUUAUUAUUAUUAUUAUUUUAUUAUUAUUAUUAUUAUUAUUAUUAUUAUUAUUAUUAUUAUUAUUAUUAUUAUCAUCAUCAUCAUUAUUUUCCUUUCCCAGCUCUGAUUAGUAGAUGGGGCUUUCUGUACAUGUUGACUGAUGCCUUUUUUUAUUUUUUUUUAUUGAAAUCUAUCAAUACUGUACAUAAUGUCGUAAUGCUUCUGAGUCCUAGUAGCCUUGAAGGAUAAAUAGUUAUUACCUGUUUUAUAUAUAUGUAUUAUAAAGUUCUAGUGGAAAGAUUGGAUAAGUAAAUAAAGGAUCAAGUAGCAUAAAAGUC